AUGCCGUCUGCGUUCACCAAGCCAGUUGCAAUCAUGCAGGAGCCCAAGUCCAGUGACCUGGAAUAUCCCUUCUGUGAAGGCUCGGACAAUCCCCAAAACUCUUCGAGUCAACUCCAGUAUAAACACCCAGAUGACUGUCCUGCCCGCCCGAUCAUGACCCGCAGCGAUACUCAUGAUACUGAUGCUUUCCACAUAUUUCCAAUGGAAGUGGAUAAAGAACACUCGAAAAACCCUUCAACCUCAGAAUGCAGGAUGAUGGGAGCUUUCUCUAAUAAGGACACGGCGAACCGCCAAGGAUUGCCCGAUCUAUUCAAUGAUUCACUUGUGCUUGAAAAUUGGUAUGAGAGCACAACCGGACCUUGCAGCACAUUGGACCGAGGGACUCCAUCUCUAGCGAGACCGGAAAGCACAACCCUCGUUAUACUGAACGAGAAAAGCUUAUCCGAACGCAAUAGUCGCGGUCCUGUGGAGGCCAAAUCGGCGUGGAAACCGCCUAGACCCCCUAAACCACGGUUCCUAGCACACCUUGACGUUGCCGGCUUCGAGUCAUAUGAGAAUUCGACACCGUGCCCAAUGCCUGCCUCGAGAGACGGCCCUGGGGGUCACAAAUGGCUGGAACCUAGAGCUCGGCUGUCUACUCCUCAGGGUUGUUCGAGGUCUCACAACCGAUUGACCAAUCGAUCAAUAUUGCUGCAAGGUAUGGACAAUGAUAUCAGCAAGCGACAGAAACCAUGGAGCGACCCCAAGCUCGGCCCAUCUCAAUAUCUAUCCCGGCCUGCCAAACGUGGCGCAAAGUCUUACCUCACCAAGAACGAUCUGAGCCAGCCGUUCCCCGGCCUCUGGCCUUCAAUUGAUGGCUUGCUAUUGCGCCAAGAUUCAAGGAUUGCUAAGUCGAGCCCUGCCAAGAUAUGCGUCCGGGACCAUAGUAACGCCUUGUCAAGCCCCCAAGAGGCACAAGAGUCAAAUUUGAAGCGCAUAGGCAACUGGCUUGGGAAGCUACUUAGCUGGGCUUCGCACUUAUCGAAGCUUAAGGAACGAGGCGUUAUUAGUAUAUCCUUGGUUGGGCAGCGAUCACUUCAGCACCCACAUUUCGGAUUUGCAUCCUACGAAUACAGUGUGAGCUUCAAAUGGUCAAAUACGUCGGGGUCUAUUGCAAUACAUCAAGGACAAGAAGAGAGCAACCUACCUGCUGCGUCAAAAAAUGUCACCCGUCUCUUCCGGGCUGAUAUUACAAUACCGUAUCUCGCUAUGCGGCUUCUCAUGGGCUUUUGUACCGUCUGCCGGAGCCUUAUGUCCAGAGAAGUCAUGAUUAGCUUUGUGCGACUCUUCAUGAGAAUCAUCGGACUUCCGGUUCUGUAUUUUUUAGAGAGAUUGAGCGUCAGCUUGUCCAUUCACCCAAGGGAGUCUGAAACGACCCAGAGCGCAAGAGAUCAACAUGCGGUUUUUUGAUGAAUGGCCGGAAUGAUAUCUUGCUCCAAUUGCUACUGACGAUACCUUGCAGACGUGAAUGAUGUCAAAUU